AUGACCAGCAGAUCGACGGUGCCCUCUCAACCGUUUGUGCGUGAGCCUGUGCUCGCUCAAGGCCGUGGUGAAGAACACUCCCAUGUUGAAGAUCAGCAGCAUCAGCCCCCAAAUCAAGGCCAUGUCGUCGCCGAUCUCACACACCACCCAACGAAGCCCUCGAUGCAGCGCCGCAAGAUUCUCGAAGACGAGCCGUUCGCCCUCAAUGCAAGCACAGUCUUCGAUCCCAGUGAGAGUAUACUGAUCGAUUCCGACGUCAACGGCGGACGUGGGAUCGCCACCAGCUCGCCCUCACAACACGAUUCUCACGAAGAGCUUGACCACGGCUAUGUUCAGCAUGAAGAAGCUGACGAUGGAGGCACCAACCUCAUCGAAGACCACACCUCGCCAUUCUUGCACCGCCGCAGGACGCUCGAAGACGAACUCUCAGCUGUUGUGGGUGGCAAUGACUUGACCGAUCUCGACGGAAGCACUUUGAUCGAAACCGAAACCGACAAUGAGCAGCAAUGGCACAAGAUGAUCGGUGUUGAUUCUGCUUUGGCGUGUUGUGAUGGAAAACUGAAUGACUCCAACAGUGAGGUGACGAUGAUUAGAAGAACCACGUCGGAAGACGACCGAGGCUUUUCGACGACGGCAUCAUCUGUUCAUCCCGUCUCAGACGAGUCGAACAACGUCGCAAAGCAGAGCACUCACACUCACACUCAUCUCACCUCAACCGUCCCCAUCCCCGUCCCCGACCUCAACCCACCAGCUUCAAGUUCUCACCGGGACCGCAACCCUCUGGCAAGUCCUCCGACAACGCUCUUUCUCGAGCUGAACAAAGCCGACCUUCUCUCAUGGCACGCUCACCUCACCGAGUUGGCUCUCCUCCCGCCCAGCUCGACCACGCACGUAACUCUCUCAACUCACGCCGACGCAAUGUACCGCUGGAUCACGUCCUCCGUUCUUCCAUACAUAGCGGCGAUGGAGAGAUACACUCACACUAUUGCCAUGGAUAAUGAGAAGUUGAUAGGCACCUUGGAUUCGCUAAGGAGGCAGAUUGAAGACUUGAGUGCAUGCUAUGAGAGGGAGGUUAAGGGAAGCGAGGGGAAGAGCAGGAUUUUGGAAGAGGUUGCUGAUAUGCUAGGUGCUGCUGCUUUGUUGCGUGACGACGUGGAUUUCGGUGCAGCGCAAUAA